AUUUUUAACAUUUCACAUUCAGUUGAAAAUUUUUUACGCACGCAGACACAUGCAAUAAAAAUUCGAAUUUCAGUUUUUUUCUCUCUCCGAAACGUACCAAAAAAGUUUUCUUCCCAACUCAAGAAAGGAAAAAAGCGUAACGCGCCGCUAGCAAAUAAUUUUCGCAGACCGUUAAACACUGCAAAAGUUACCUACAAAUACAUAAAAGUGCGUAAAAUUUGCGUUCGCCGUCAUCAGUAUAUAUUGCAGCAGGAGAACAGUUGUGACCAUCACCUCCACCAUCCCCAACGCACACAGCAAUUCAGCAGUUAACCAAGCAGUUGUUGCAGAGUUAACUCGAAGUGUCACUAAAACUUAAAGACAGCUGUAAAAAAGAACUUGCGAGAAAAUGAAUUCGGAAAACGCUACGGAAUUGAAAAAGCCCGUUAAGGACCAGGUGGAGGAGAAACCGAAGCCCGCACAACCGGAAACACCGAAGACGCCUUCCUUGCCAGUGAGCAGCUUAAUUGGCUUCAAUACCGAGGACUUUCUGGCGCGUGUCAAUAUGAACGAGAAGAUUAACAACAUUUUACGCUCGCCCACGAAGACACCGAACGGUGUGCGUCAACGCUCCGUUUUCACGGCCAUCACACCGUCAUCGUCCCGUUUCAAUGCCAGCGCUGCUCCUUUCGUGUCGCAGCAGCAACGUUCGUCGGUUACUUCCGCCAACACUGGCUCGGCAGCUGGUGCCGUUAUGACGCCCAAGGAGACAUCAACGCCCUCGGCUGCAUUGCAGGCUCGUCAAAUGCCCAUACCAGUGCACAUGAGUGCCGCCUCCCCGCAUCAUUAUGGAGGCUAUGAGACCCCAUUGACUGGACGUAGUGGUGGCAUGACAAGAGGCGUCUUCAAUACUCGCUAUCCUGUAGCACCGCCACCAUCGCCGAUCUAUGGUUUCGAAAAUGAUAUGUGCCGAAUGCCGCCUACCAUGUCACCCUCUCAUCAUGCGCAACAAUUUCCACAGCCAAUGCCGCCGCCCCCCUAUGCAGUGGGACGUCUGAGCGGCAGCCACCGCGGUGUUGAGUAUGAGAAUCCAACUCCGCCACCUUGUCCAGGUGCAGGACCUAUUGCCAUGACUAAUGGCACUAUACAACUACGUCUGCGCGACGGAAUACGCAUUGACAUGACGCUGGACAAGGCGGUGCGCGUUCUCAAUCAACGCAGCAUGGUGGCCAUUGCUUUAUCGCGCAAUUGCAGCAACUCAGCGUUGAUUCAUCCAAAUGGACGUAUAUUGCAGAGUGGUUCCAAGGUGGAGAUAGUCACCUAUGAUGGCAUGAAAACCAAUAACUAUGUUCGUUAUGCUAAGAUGUGGUACAAAGGCGUCAGCUUCACCAGCGAAUCUUGUGCUUUAAUCUAUUUGGUGGAUACGGCUGGUACGCGUACCACCACUGAUACCUUCACAGAUCUCACAAAGGAUUACACUUUGACGGUGUUUUAUGAUGACUCCCGCCAUGGUCCGUCUUAUGUACAGGAUGCUAAUGAAGUUAUACAAAAUUCCACAUAUUCUUGCACAGAUGAAGGCACUGAAAUUUAUGAAAUCAAUGGUUUCCGUAUCACACAGGCCGCCGAUGGACUUGUAAAAUUGACACGCACUCACAACAAAUGUUUGAUACGCACCAGUCCAGGUAAUGGUUCGGCCACUUUGACCACACCAGGCAUUCACUGUACAGCCUCUUUGGGCAAAACUUCACAUUUAUUUGUUCGUCGCAAUGAAAAACGUAUGCACUUCGAUGGAUCGUGUUUCAUCGUACGCAAUGCCGGGCACUCGGCUGGUUUCAAUGAGAACAACUUAUUGAUCGUCUAUUAAAGCUACGUACGAAAAAAUAUGAAAAGAAGCCUUUUUGCCACAAAAUGAAAAGAAAAAACAAAAAAAAAUUUAAAAAAUGAAAUCAAAUCAGCGAAAUCAACAACGAACGAACGUAGGCGAUUGCAUGCGAUGACAUCAAACAAAUCACAAACCAAACAACAUUUUAGAUGCAAACAAAAGCAGAGCGUAUAAGAGGAAAUAUAAUAUAACGUAAAGAGAAUUAUGUAGAACACAAGGAAGAGAAGAAAGAAAUUCAAUUAACAAAACUCGAAAACAAAAACGAAACAGUGUAGUAGUAAAGUGGAGCGCAUAGAAAAUUAUAGAAAGUUGUUAUGAAAAAAGUUUUAAAGAAAGAAAAAAGAAAAAAUCAAGAAAAAAACGCACACCAACAGUUAAACAAAAUAACGUUAAACUAAUAGAGCCGCUUUGCUAAUAGUAUAUAUAUAUAGUUACAAAAUAUUACAAAAAUACCGUUAGAAAUCAUUUUCACGCUUAACAUAGACACAAAUUUUAGUUUAGUAUUUUUUUUCACAAUUUCUCUUCUUCAUUACAUUCGCGCAAAAUAGCGUGUGUCUCGGCUGGGUAUGGGUGUGUAGUGAAAAGAAAACGAAGAUUACAAAAAAGUACGAAGAAGCGCAAAUAGCCACUAAAGACACCUUUGCUGCCAACUCAGUCGAGUACAAUGAAAUUUUCAACUCUUCAACAACUUUAGCUUACUUACUAUUACCGUCGUCUAUAACGUUUACGCAAAUAGCUUACUAAAUAUUUUUAUUUAAUUUGUUUCACGUCAAACUAGCAAUAAUAACUUAGACACUAACAUUUUUUUUUAAUAAAAUAUUAGCUUCAAGCUCCCUUGCGGGGAUCUUCAUAUAUCAUUCAGUUUUCAUAUUUUAACUCAAAAUUUUAGUUUCGAAAGUGUGUUUUCAAAUUUUCCGUUAUGACUUUUUAGUAGCAUAGUGUAACCGAUAAUGACAUGAUAACAGCAAAAAAAAAGUUUUCAACCUAUUUAUGUAAAAAAUAAAAAAAAAUUAAAAAAAAAGUAA